AUGGCGUCUAUCUUGGAAUUGCUAAAGUGGGUUUUCCGCUGGGUGUUCCGAAGAUUCUCACCAUUCUCAAGAUGCUCUUCACGACCGGCAAACCCUCCAAGCAGCAAGAGUAAAUUCCGGCCAGCAGCAUUGUGGAAAAACGCCGUCAGAGUGCAUUCUGUGACAUCUGUUUCGCCAACCCGCGAGACUCCAACCUCUGAGGUAACACCGGUAUCAGAGUCAUCCUCGUUGCCCGCUCCAGAACCAGCAUCCCAAACGCCCGUUCCCGCUCCUGACCCUGAUGCUGCGCUCGCAGCGUUAAGCAAAGGUCUAGGUGGAGAGGUCAAACUUGUCUGGGAACCGCAACCUUCAGAAAUCGAAGCCAUGAUUAAAGCCGAACCCGCAAUCCCGGGCUUUCCUAUUGUACCAUUCGACUGCUGGCUUGAGGAGGGAGUCUUCCCUCAUUUCUUCAAGGGUGAAUAUUACCCAGUCGAAAUUGGCGAUAUCUUGGCUGGUAACUUCCAGGUCUUGGGGAAACUCGGCUUCCUCGACAGUGUGGCUCACCAAGGCACUUCAGUAUUCAAAAGCGGAGCAUCAGGACAAGCGGAGCUUGAAAAGUAUAAAAGGCUAGGGGAAGGAGACCUAGACCACCCAGGUUAUGAUCUAGUUUUCGAAGUUCUCUUCCAGGCCAAGCUUCCCCGGCCUGGGGGUUCUCAUUUCGCUAUUGGACUAGAGCCUAUGUGGAGCAACAUCUCAGUGUUGCAGAGUCACUGGCCCGAUAACCGUCUCAGGCGAGGUCUGUUGCAGGGAACGUCGUGGAAUGUGCUCACGGCGCUCGACUACGUACAUACUGAAGGCAAGCUUAUUCACACAGGCAAGCCUGAACAUUUUACUGUGCGAAAACAAAAUACACCCACACACAUCAGAGCGGACAAUAUUCUCGUGUCAAUCGCGGACCCCAGCAUCCUCGAGCAGUUUGAGAAGGAUGAGUGUGCUCAUCCUUCGCCUCGAAAAUUCUUAGCCGGAAGGGCUAUCUACGAAUCUCGGCCCUGGACGGAACCCAAAACGUAUGGUGCACCCAUGCUGACUGACUUCGGUGCGGCUGUUUCUGGAGAAGAGGUGCACAACCAUGAUGCCCAGCCGGACGCCUACAGAUCACCCGAGGUGAUGAUAAUGGCCGAUUGGAGUUACCCUAUCGACGUCUGGAACGUCGGAUGCAUGGCUUGGGAUCUAUCCCAGGAGCAUGCUCUGUUCUCCGGCAAGGACCCCAAGGAACAAUAA